AUGGACAUCCCCAUGCUCGACAUCCCCGACUCGCCCCCCCCCACCACCACCACCACCUCCACCACCCCCACAAUCCCACAAAAGCGCCCCUCCGCCCCCACCGACGACGCCGACGCCCUCCUCCCCUCGCGCAGCAAGCAGCCCCGCGAGAAGAAGGACUCCUGGAAGAAGAAGGAGGCCUCCGCCGCCGCAUCCAACACCGCCCACACCACCGCUGGAAGCUCAACCUCCACCAAUGCGGCAGCAGCGACGGGAACGGUCUCGGGGAAGCACACGACGGGCCACAACACCCCCGGCGGCGCGGGAGCAGCGAACGCGGCGAGCUGGCCCACGCUGAAUAGGUGGCGCUUGCCGCCGCCGAAGGAGCAGGACUAUUUUGGACAUAGGGCGCCGCCGAUGAUGCCCGUUACGGAGAUUGCGGAUCUGCCGGAGGAGUUUUAUGUGGUUAAUGAUCACGCCCUCAACCGCCGCGGCUUCCGCUACGUCCCCUGCGAAGCCUCCCGCCUCCUCCCCACCGUCACCUACCGCCAAUCCGAAUACGAGCCCUUCACCCCGCGCAUCAACUACGAAGACAUGAACGCCCAAGUGCUCGUCAACGCGCCGGGCACCGCCAUCACAACCUCCAAGGGCUGGCGCAUGGCGCGCGCCAACAUCGGCGUGCGCGAAGGCGACUGGUACUACGAGUGCAAGAUCCUGCGCGGCAUCCCGUCGCCCACCGCGCCGCCGGGCCCCCCCGGCAGCGGCGGGCACGUGCGCGUCGGGUGGGCGCGGCGCGAAGCGCCCCUCGACGCGCCCGUCGGCUUCGACGGCCACUCGUACGGGCUGCGCGACGCGAGCGGCCAGAAGGUGCACAUGAGCCGGCCCAAGGACUUCCUGGGCGCCGACUUUGUGACGGGCGACGUGAUAGGCCUGCGCAUCUGUGUGCCGCCGCUGUCGGUGCAGCGGGGGCUGAGCAGCGAUGCGGUGGCGCGGAGCGCCGACAUCAUCCGCGACCGCAUCCCGAUCCGCUACAAGAACCAGCUGUGGUACGAGCAGUUUGAGUACCAGCCCACGAAGGACAUGGAGGAGCUGAUGAACCCGUCGCCGGGGACGAAGCCGUCGGCGCCGCCGAAAACGCUGCCGGGCAGCUGGAUCAAGGUGUACCGCAAUGGCGAGUACGUGGGCACGCCGUGGGAGGACCUGUAUGCGUUUUUGCCGCCGGCGUCGAGGCCGUCGGCGGCGAUUGGCGGGCGCGAGCUGGAUGAUGGGUCGCUGGGGUAUUAUCCGGCGGUGUCGGUGUUCCGCGGGGGGGUGGUCGAUACGAAUUAUGGGCCGGACUGGUGGUGCCCGGUCGAGGGGCUGAGGGAGGAGGGGUGUCGCCCGAUGUGUGAGCGCUAUGCGGAGAUGAUUGCGGAGGAUGUGUUGUGGGAUGUGGUGGAUGAGGUGCAUUUGCUGUUUGAGGGCCCGGGCCCGAUGGCGGUCGCUGCGGCGGCGGCGCCGGUGCAGGUGAAGGAGGAGAUUAAGGAGAUGGUCAUGGAGGAUGAGUAG